AUCCUUCCGCUCAUGCUCUCUGAAAGGCGAUCUACAACCUCUUCCAUGACAACAAACCUGCACGAGCGAUGCUGGAGCUUCGCUUCCGCACAAUGGUGAAAGGCAACCAAUCCAUUACAGAGUAUUGUCGGCUUCUCAAAAACUUAUCGGAGUACCUUGAUGAUGUGGACGCCUUCGUGACCAAGCAGGCCCUCGUUCUGCAAAUGCUUCAGGGACUGCCGCAUGACAUCUGGUCUCAGAACGAUGCCCUCCACAACACUGGAUUGUCGUCCACUGCCCUCCUCAGAGCUCUGACGACGGCGCACAGCAGCACCGAUCUAGAGGCCAAAACCAGAGCGAAGAAAAUUACAGGGCACCGAAAAGGGGAGUUUGCUAUGACAAACAUGGGCGAUUUUCACUUCUUUCUCGGGAUUAAUGUUCAGCGCACCACUCAGACUCAGUUCCUUUACGACAUCCUCGAACGGGCAGUAAACCCUGUCAAGCACCAGCGUACAAAGUACAUUAAGGUCGACAUCCACUUCGUCCGCGACAGAGUAGCCCUUGGUCAGAUAAGAGUUCUUCAUGGAGAAGUGCGUGUUGUGGGCUUUAUUUGGAGAUUUUUGAGUGCAACAUACAAGGAAAAACACAAGAUCUCAAAAUGGGUAGAACCAACAUAAUAGAACUCGGGAAUGCAUGUAGUGAGAGCUUUAUUUGGAGAUUUUUGAGUCCAGGUCAAAAAAUAGGCAAGAUCUCAAAAUGGGCAGCUUUCCUUUCCUU